GGGCCAAAGAUCCAUGGAGAUGCUAAUGAUGAUAUUGAAACAUGUAACCUAAAUAUAAAUAGAAAUAUAAGAGAAUACACAAAAUCAAACUGAAACAGCAGCUAGCUAUGCCGACUGACCAUAAUGAUGCGGCCAGAGGGACGGAAUUGGUCAGUUGCCCUACGGCAAGAACGCUGCAGCUGGCAGAUCUUUUGGAAGAGAGAUGAUGGAAAUCUUGUUGAGGCUUCCGGCAAGGACGCUUGUUUCCCUAAGGAGUGUGUGCAGGUCAUGGAGAAACCUAAUUUCAUCCCCUGACUUCACCCGCAACCACCUUCGUCGUUCAUGCUUACGCGAUCCAAGCCUGAUCACUCCGCCACGUAUUGCUUAUUGCAAUCACGAUGGUUUCUAUGGUGGUAUUCAGUCUUUCUCCAUGCAGUCAAUGUUGGACAAUCCCUCUGACCCUACUAAAGUCGCUAGCAUCAGUAGCGAAACCUACUACAAAAUCGUUGGUUCUUGCGAUGGAUUGUUAUGCUUCUUUGAUGGUUUUGCUAGUUGCGGCAUGCAUGCCAUAUUGUGGAACCCCUGUACCGGAUUCACAUUCGAAUCUCCCGAAAUCAGCGGCCAAGUUCUCUUUUGUGGCUUUGGUUACGAUUAUCUCAGUGACAGUUACAAAAUUUAUGCAGCUACAAAGAAGCAAGGGCCAUCUGGUUUUGAGUCUAGUACCAAAUUUUAUACAUUUGGGCAAACUUCGUCAUGGAGAAAAAUUGAUGAUAUUCCAGUAGCCCUAUUUAGUUUCCCAAGUGACAACUCUUGUUGGACGGAUAAUACGGAAGGGGAAUUUUUUGGUAGUAGCAGAUUAUGCACUCUUAAUUGGUGUGUUAAUCAGGUGGUUCUUUAUUUUGACUUGACUAAAGAGAUUUAUGGUCAUUUUUCUCUGCCUCUUGGUAGUGAAAUAGAUUUAGAUCAUUAUUCUCCAAGGCGAUGCACUCACUUAUAUGUCUUAAGAAACUGCCUUUCUGCUUGUUACGAGCAUAAGAGAACACGCGAAUGGAUUGUGUGGCAGAUGAAGGAAUACGGAGAUGCUCAAUCUUGGACUAAAUUGGCAGUGAUUUCGGUCCAUCAAAAAUCCAUUUAUUUUACAUAUCAUUAUUUACAACCUCUUUACAUAUCGGAAAGUGACGUUCUUUGGACAUUUUGUCCAUUGUACGGAAUAGUUUUGUGUAACUUAAAUGAUGGGAGGGUAGAUUUUUUUGUGAUUGACAGAGGCAUGGGGAACCAUCCUUUUUUUUCUCGAUGUGUCAGGCAUAAGAUGGCUUGUAUCUACCAUGAAAGUUUAGUUUCACCAAAUGGUCUUCAAAGCAGAUCAUCCAAAACUGUUGCGCCUUCAUCAAAUCCAAACCCCAGUCUAUUGACUCUUAAAGCAUGUUUGCACCUUUUUUUGGUGAAGCCUUCUAGCACUACCAACUUGGUUAUUAAUGUUAUCGAAUUUAUUUAUGUCAGUACUAUGUUUAUUUUUCAAUUGCAAUUUACUGCUCUAACAUACUUUGUAUGUUCUUCUUCCUGUUCUUGUCAAAUAAUUCUUUUCCCACUUUAACUUGUGCACUGAUGAGAAAUUGUACUCGGUUUAAGACAAAAAGGCUGAAUUUAAAAAAAUAAAUUAAAAGAAAUAUUUGUUGUUGAUGUAACAAUCAGCUUUUUUUUAGUUUU